UCCAAACCACAGGAAAUAAAACCAAAAGCCUCUAAUUUUAUUUAGCCACUUACCUAUAUAUUCAGAAGCAGCAAAUUCCUGCGAAUUCAAUUCAACCAACACAACAUUCAGGUCUUUGCAAAAGCACUAGCCUUCUUAAAGCAAAUUAAACCUUCAUAAAAAACAGCCACGAUUUUUCAGAAUCAAGAUCAUAUUAGAAAAAAAAUGAGUUCAACAAGCAGGGCAUGGGUUACAGCACUGAGCUUGGGAGUGGUAGAAGCACUAAAAGAUCAAGGAAUAUGUAGGUGGAACCACACAAUCAGAGCCGUACAUCAACACGCCAAGAACAAUCUACGGUCAUAUUCACAGGCCAAGAAACUCUCUUCUCAGUCUUCUUCUUUGGUUUCUGCAAACAAAGAAUUGAAGGAGAAAGUGAAGCAAUCUGAAGAGUCUUUAAGGAAAGUCAUGUACUUGAGCUGUUGGGGUCCCAAUUAAAUCCUAACAGUUAAUAUUAGUGUUAUUACUGUAACUUUAUCUUUAGGCUAAAUUGCCUAGUACAUAGUAUAUAAAUUAAUGGAAAGAAAUAUUAGUGUAAUUCUGAUAUCUUGAGUCAAUUCUUCGAUGAA